CCUCUCCUCCCCAAUAUCCCACACACAAACCAUGAUUGUCGCUGUCGUCACCGCCGUCGCAAUUACACAACGCGAAGCGCGGCGCGAGAAGGCCGCAAAAGAGGCCGAAGCCGCCGCGGCUGCAAAAAAGGACAUUCUCGUCGUCGGCGCGGGCAUCCACGGGCUGCUCGUCGCGCUGUUCUGCAGGGCCCAGGGGUUUACCGUCACAAUUGUUGACCAGAAGGGCGUGCAGCACUUCAAGGGCGACGACAGAGCAAGCGGAGGGCUGGUCUGGCUGGCUCCCAACGCGCUGACGGUGCUGGAGAGAAUGCACGAGAAGCUGCCUGGGUACCUGCAGGAGGCGGCGUGUGCGGCAGAGACACUCCACUACCGCCGGUAUAAAUCCGGCAAAUCCCUCUCGCGCACCGCGCUCGGCGGCGGUGGCACCUCCACGCACUGUCUCGCCCUAACGGCCACCGACUUCCUCGACCUCCUCCUCGACUUCACGACCGCAAAGCUAGUCCUCAACACCGAGAUCGUCGAGUACAAAGAUGCGCCCGAGGACCUGGACGGCCCGCUGCCGCAUGGCCGGCCCUAUGCGCUGGCGGCCGACGGCCAGAAGUUCUACGCGGACUGUAUCGUUGCGUGCGACGGCAAUGGGUCGCUGGCCCGGAAACAUGUUCUUGCGAGUGCGGGUGAGGAGGGGUGGCCGGAUAUCGAUACGAAGUGGACGGUCACUACCGGGUCGGUGCUGGCGGCGGAGCUGGGCGAGCAUGAGAAGGCGAGGAAGCUGGUCGAUAAGGAUAGGGUGGACGUUUGGGUGGGUGAGGGGGCGUACGUUUCCACCGUGACCGUCGGCGGCGGCGAGGAGGUGGUCUUCGAUGCGUACGACCUGGAUAUGCAGAACGAGGGGGAGCUACUGCUCGAGGAGCUGGUUGAGGGGUGGGAGGGCGGGCUGGUUCACGCGCUUUCGAAGGCAGGGGAGACGACGAGCACGAGAUUGAAGAUUAGGCAGAAGCCGAGCACGCUGGUGAGCAGGAAGAGUAGGAAGGUGCUGAUGUUUGGCGAUAAUGGCUUUACGUUUCCGCCACAUUCACCGCAUCUGGAGAUGAGCUAUCAUGUUGAGGCGGCGCAGACGCUGGCAGUGUGUCUACGGAAGGCGGCGUCGGUGCCGCUGGGACUGGAGAUCUACACGCGUAUGCGUAACCCACGGUACGCACGCGCCAUGAUGAUGGCACAGGACCGGUUCAAUACAAUCACCGCCAGUGCGGCAGAGGGGGAGCUGGAGGCGGCGGAGUUGAAGUGGGAGAUUGAGCCUGGAAGGAAAGAGGAAGCGGGACCGGGAGAGGAUGGCAUCGUCGAGGGAUGGUGGGAUUACGAUGCCGAGAAGUGGGCGGAUAAGAAUUUUGAAGGCGUUAUUGAUAUUUUGACGGCAGAGCUGCUGGGGAAGCAGAGGGCAAUGGCGGAAGCACAGGCGAAAGCGCAGGCAGAAGUAGAGGCUGAAGCGAAGAAGAAGGCGGAAGGGGAGCAGGCUGUUGUAGAGAAGGGUGGACAAAGUCGAGAGGGUGAUCAAUCAGAGGAUGGGGAUGACGAUGGUGAAGAAGAUGGGGAUGACAAUGGUGAAGAAGAUGGAGAAGAGAAGGAUAGUGGCUCCCAGACACAAGGAAGCGAAAGAGUGGAGGUCGUAAAAUUAAAACACGACGGUUAA